AUGGUCGGACGUGCAGCGGGAAUCGGCCUCAAGCUGCCCCUUGGGCUGAAGCGAGGGCCCAGCAAGGAGCAAACGGGCACGUGGUCAGAGGUGCGGCGGGAAUCGGCGCCGCGCCGUGUUUGCUGGCAGCUCAGCAGGCAGCCGGCAGGGUUUCCUCUGUGUCUGGGAGAAACCGUGACACCUGAGUGCCCGUUACAGCACGUAGAUCAGAAGGGGACUAAGUACCCUGAGGCCAGAGGAAACGCAGCGCUGUCUGACACGAGCACAGCCGACCAACACCAACCCAGUCAGUCCCAUCCUGCAUUCCCCGUUGGGCCCCAGCCCUUACUGACAGCCCAGCAGCUGGCCUCGGCGGUGGCGGGGGUGAUGCCGGGCGGCACUCCAGCCCUCAAUCAGCCCAUCCUCAUUCCCUUCAACAUGGCCGGGCAGCUGGGUGGCCAACAAGGACUGGUCCUAACUCUGCCUACAGCUAAUCUCACCAACAUCCAAGGGCUGGUGGCAGCAGCUGCUGCAGGAGGCAUUAUGACUUUGCCAUUGCAAAAUCUACAAGCUACCUCAUCCCUGAACUCCCAGCUGCAACAGCUUCAGCAUCUUCAGCAGCUCCAGCAGCAGCAGCAGCAAGGGCAGCAGCAGCAGCAGCCGCAGCAGCAAGGGCAGCAGCAGCAGCAGCAGGCAGCUCGGCCAGCAGAGCCUCCCCAGCCACCCCAGCAGGCCCCGCAGCCGCCGGCGUCAGCCCAGCCUCAGCAGAACCAAACGCAGCCCCAGAGCCAGAGCCAGGCGCCCCCAGCCCCGCCGUCCUCCAGCUCCCCUCAGAAACCCAGCCAGUCGCCAGGCCACGGCCUCCCAUCUCCUCUUACUUCACCAAAUCCGCUGCAGCUCGUUAAUAAUCCCCUAGCAAGCCAAGCAGCAGCGGCCGCAGCAGCAGCAGCCAUGGGCUCCAUAGCCAGCUCGCAGGCCUUUGGCAACGCGCUCUCCAGCCUUCAGGGGGUCACAGGUCAGCUCGUCACUAAUGCACAAGGACAGAUCAUAGGAACGAUCCCRCUGAUGCCUAAUCCAGUCCCCUCCAACCAGGCGGCAGGUGGAGCUCAGGGCCUUCAAGUGCAGCCGAUUACUCCACAGUUAUUGACCAAUGCCCAGGGUCAGAUCAUUGCUACUGUCAUCGGCAACCAGAUACUCCCCGUGAUCAACACCCAGGGAAUAACACUAUCUCCACUCAAACCAGGCCAACAGCUCCAUCAGCCCUCCCAGACGCAAGUGGGACAAGCAGCCUCACAACCUAAUCUCCUGCAUUUGGCUCACAAUCAAGCAUCUUUGUCUCAAAGCCCAGUGCGUCAGGCUUCCUCUUCUUCCUCCUCAUCCUCCUCCUCUUCAGCUUUGAGUGUUGGCCAGUUAGUCAGCAAUCCUCAAACAGCCACUGGAGAGGUGGAUGGGGUGAAUCUGGAGGAAAUUCGAGAAUUUGCCAAAGCUUUUAAAAUCCGGCGCCUCUCCCUUGGCCUGACACAGACUCAAGUUGGCCAAGCCCUGAGCGCCACGGAAGGCCCAGCCUAUAGCCAGUCUGCCAUCUGCAGACACACCAUCCUGAGAAGCCACUUUUUCCUACCACAGGAAGCCCAAGAGAACACUAUAGCUAGCAGUCUGACAGCCAAACUGAACCCUGGCCUUUUGUAUCCUGCCAGGUUUGAAAAGCUGGACAUCACCCCUAAAAGUGCCCAGAAGAUAAAGCCGGUGCUUGAGCGGUGGAUGGCUGAGGCUGAGGCCCGCCAUCGAGCAGGGAUGCAGAACCUUACCGAGUUUAUCGGGAGCGAGCCAUCCAAAAAGCGCAAGCGGCGUACCUCAUUCACGCCCCAGGCCCUUGAGAUCUUGAAUGCCCACUUUGAGAAGAACACGCACCCCUCUGGGCAGGAAAUGACAGAGAUUGCCGAGAAACUGAACUAUGACCGCGAAGUAGUUAGAGUUUGGUUCUGCAAUAAGAGGCAAGCGCUGAAGAACACGAUCAAGCGCUUGAAACAGCAYGAGCCCGCCACGGCAGUGCCCAUGGAGCCCUUAACAGACUCGCUGGAAGAAAACUCCUAAAAGCCAAACCAAACCAAACCAAACCACACACAAAAUAACCACGCCAACAGAAACGUAACCGCUCGAACUCUGUGAAAAUACCCACUCGUCGCCCUUGUAAGUAAAAAGACUGAGAAAACUGCAAGAAGGACAGAACAGUUUAUAAAUGUCCAUGGGGUUUCCUAUAUAAGAGCAAAACAAACAAACAAACAAACAAAAAAAAAAACACAGCACUUAGCGUGUGUGUGUGUCGUAGAGUUAGUUCCAAAAGAAAGAAAAAGCCAGUUUUUUUAAAUGGACUUAAAGUAAACCAAAUAACUGCUUACUUUUUU